GCAUGGUAUGAAAUAAUUUAUUUUGAAUACAGGAUACUUCCCUUUUAUAUUCAGGAGCACAAAUACCGAACCAAGACUACUCACUACACUAUAGUGUUCACUUCAGUAAUGAGGGUAGGUGGAAAAGAAAUACUACCUACACAAAAAAUUUGAACCCUAACAACCUAGCAUGUAAGUCAUAUAACCGUUAAGAAACGGAUUCUGCACCUUACUUAUUUCGACUCUUUAUAGUUAAUUGCAAUGGAUACUGUAGCAAGGUAUAAAAAACAUAAUUUACAUAUUGUGAAAACCAUUGGAAAGGGCACUUAUGGAAAUGUAUUUUUAUGCGAAAGGCUUGAUAUUCAUUUAGCAACAAUAGUGAAAGAUAUACAAUUGGACGUAAAGAUACAAGACCAUAAGAAAGACAUUGAAAAUGAAGUGGAUAUUUUAUCAGCGAUGAACCAUCCCAAUAUAAUUAAAUUCUAUGAUUGCUAUUACAAUGACCGGCAUGUUAUGAUAUCUAUGGAGUAUGCUACUGGUGGUAACCUGGCUGAAUGCAUGUACCAUCGCUAUCCAAAAUUAAUUAAACAGCAGGAAAUUAUGUUUUAUUUGUCACAAAUCCUGCUUGGCGUGAACUACAUACACAGUCUUAAUGUGAUUCAUAGAGAUUUAAAAGCAGAGAACAUUCUUCUAACAGGCAAACAUGGUCUUUUGGUGAAAAUAGGUGACUUUGGUAUUUCUAAAAUGUUGGCUUCUGCUAAGAAAACCUCAACAGUGAUUGGGACUCCUUAUUACUUGGCACCAGAGCUAUGCGAAGGAAAACCUUAUGAUACCAAAAGCGACGUGUGGGCUCUAGGAUGUCUAUUGUAUGAGAUGUGCACACACAAAAGACCAUUUGAAUCAGAGACUUUAGUUGGCUUAGUAAAGGCAAUCACAAGCGAAAGCGUACACCCAAUAGAUUUGACGUUGUAUGAAAGAGGUGUACAGGAUCUAAUCGAUUCUAUGCUAUCAAUUCUACCGACGAAGCGGCCAUCCGUGAAGGAGCUCAUGGGUAGACAGGUUAUUCUGCCUAUGGUGUAUACAGUUUUAUUAGAUGCAGGGAAUGAGGAGUUACUUUAUGAAGUUGCUAAGGAAUUUUAAAAUUAAUUAAUUUUAAGUUUUUCCCUUCAAUGACGUAGCUUUCCAAGCUGAUGUAAUUAUUAUAUUUGAAAUCAGUGUGAAAUAUUAAAUGCGUGCAGGUUUCGCUUUAGCAAAUGAAUGAAUUAAUGUUUGACAAAAGUGACUAUGACAAUGUAAUGAAAUGGAGUAUUUUAAUCAAAUAAAACAAUUUAUCGACUUUAAA